UGACAGCAGAGCAGACCUUGUGCCAAUGCGCUCAAUUAGGUUUUAGAGACUUUGCGGUUAUAAGGUAGUUUUGAGUGUUCUUAAUUACUCAAAUCUGCUUAGUAUAGGACUUGAUUAUCAACUUGCUACAAUUUUUGAUAUCCUAAAAAAUGCAGAAGAGCCUUUUGACAUUCUUUACGCGUUCCCUAAACCUUUAUCUGAAAAUUCAAACAAAAUGUGUUCAGAAUCCUCAAAAAGCACAAACUCUCCAGUUGUUUGCCUGAGACCACCCACUGGACACGAUGACGAAGUUAUGUCCAGCCCCACUACUUCGUCCGUUAGCAAAAGACGACGGGUUAUCAUCGAAUCCAGUGAUGAUGAAGAUGAGGCCCCUGCUCUUUCAAAAGAAAAGGCAGAAGCGGUAAAUAAACGUGAUUUGUCAAGGUAUUCAUUCUCCCCGCAGCCGGUCAGACAAAAUGGCAAAAAGAUAAACGAGGCGGCAGACGAAUCUCCUCUAGAAAUGAGUGUAGUCGCGCAGGUCAAUGAAGCAUUUGAAGAUGAAACUGUUUCAUGGACUCACUUAAGCCUUCCAUUUUUAGAACCCUCUAAAAUCAAAGAUAUCAACGGUCGAAGGCCCGAUCAUCCAGAAUAUGACUCACACACAUUAUAUGUCCCAGAGGAGUUUAAGACUAAACAAACUCCUGGCAUGCGGCAGUGGUGGGAAUUAAAGUCGCGAUACACCGACGUAAUUCUGUUUUUUAAGGUUGGAAAGUUUUAUGAAAUGUACCACAUGGAUGCUAUGAUUGGCGUAAAGGAGCUUGGUUUGGUGUUUAUGAAGGGGAACUUUGCACACUGUGGAUUUCCUGAAGUGGCUUUUCCUCGUAUGGCUGAUCAGCUUGUCCGUAAAGGUUAUAAGAUUGCUCGCAUUGAACAAACGGAAUCAAUUGAUGCUAUGAAUGAACGAUGCAAACGAAAAUCUUCAAGCGAGAAGGUUGUGCGAAGAGAAGUAUGUCAACUUAUAACACCGGGUACUUGCACAGCCAGUACGAGGUCAGAGAUAUCUGAUGUAAAGGCUGUGGAGACUGGUGAUGUUGAAAAUGAUGACGAAAGCUUUAGGGAUUUGAUAAACUUAGCCAAUCCUGAUUCAUUUUUACUUGCUGUUGUAGAAUCGCACGGUAAUAAAAGUUACCCUUUUGCUUUCGGAAUAGGUUUAUUGAAUGCAUCCACUGGCAAAAUCAAUAUUGGUCAGUUUUUAGAUGAUCGUCACUGUUCUCGAUUACGAACAUUUUUAUCCCACCAUCCUCCUAACCAGUUACUAAUCGAGCGUGGAACUGCAGGAGUAGCUAUAAAAUCCUUGAUAAAAACAUCUCUUUCAUGUGUUCCAACUGAGUUUCUAACGCCAACGAAACAAUUUUGGAGUGCAAAGAACACUGUCCAAGAGUUGGAAACAGCUGAUUAUUUCCCAAAACGGAUGUCCAACAUCACCGUUGAUUCGAACCAUAUCUCCAAAGUAUCUUCGUUCCCUGAUAAGGAAAGUUGGCCAGAUGUUCUCUUAAAUAUGUUAUCCGAAGAUGAUCCACUAGGACGUACUGUAAAGCCAGAAUGGGAACUAGCAUUUCGGUGUCUUGGUGCACUUAUUUACUACUUACGUUACUGUUUGAUUGAUCGUGAAGUACUAUCACUGGGUUUCAUUGAUGUAUACGUACCAAUAGAUAUGAAGAAUGCUAACUCUCAAAGAAGUCCUGGGUCUAUUGAAUUAUUUUAUGAUACACAGUCUCAGAUGGUUUUGGACAGUAUUACAUUAUCUAAUUUGGAUAUCAUACGAAACAAUGUAGAUGGUUCUCAAGAAGGUUCUUUGCUGCAACGUCUCAAUACUUGUUGUACCUUCUUUGGACGUCGUUUGUUGCGUCAGUGGAUAACUGCUCCACCAUGCAACCCAAAUGUUAUUAGACAAAGACAACUGGCAAUUGAAAAUCUUAUUUCUAUCAGUGAUAUAAUUCCUAAACUCCGAGACAAAUUAGCUCAGUUGCCUGAUUUAGAGCGUCUUAUUACAAAAAUUCAUUUAUUGGGUUCUAAAGGUGAUAAAAACCAUCCAGAUAGUAGGGCAAUCAUAUUUGAAGAAGUUCAAUAUUCAAGAAAAAAUAUUACUGAUUUUGUGGCUACUUUAGAUGGUUUCGAAUUGAGCUAUAAAAUAAUUCAUGAAAUCAACCAUUAUUCAUUAAGCUCCGCAUAUUUGAAAAAAUUAGUAACUUUAACUAGUCUGAGCGGCAACUUCCCUGAUAUCAGUGAGAAAAUAAAUUAUUUCAAAAAUGCUUUCGAUGCUGAAAAAGCUAAAAAUGAAGGUCGAAUCAUUCCAGAACCUGGUAUAGAUCCUGAAUAUGAUGAGUCUGUGUCGGAAAUUAAAAGGAUUGUUGAGGAUAUGAACAAGUUUUUAUUAAAAUGGAGCAAAACAUUCGGUACACGGCUUGCAUAUUGGGGAACCGGUCGCAAUCGUUAUCAGAUUGAAAUCCCAGAAUCUUUAGCAUCUCGUGUUCCCAACUCAUGGCAGCUAUCUUCACAGCGAAAAGGUGUCAAACGUUAUACUUGUUCAGAGACCCAAGAAUGGCUAAGCGAGUUAACUGCUGCUGAGGAACGAAAGGACGCUAGUCUACGGUCGAUAAUGCAACAUAUAUUUUCAUCGUUUAGUGAAUCAUUUACCGAUUGGCAUAUGGCUAUGUCUUGUUUAGCUGAAUUAGACUGUCUAAUUGCUUUAUCUUCGUACAGUAUAAAUGCCUCUGAUGUGAUGUGUCUUCCAGAAUUUAUUGAUCUAAAUUCAUCUACUAAACCAUUACUGGAAAUAGUUGAUGGAAUUCAUCCUUGUCUAAUAAAUACAUUUUCGGGUGGAGAUAUUAUUCCAAAUGAUAUAAAACUUGGUACAACAUCAUCGAUGAUAUAUUCACCAACACAACAUCAUACGUUACGUGAUACGUUUAACAAUGUUUCUGUUAUUCUUGUUACUGGUCCAAAUAUGGGUGGAAAAUCAACUUUGAUGAGACAAGCUGCUUUAUUAGUUAUACUAGCACAUUUAGGUUGUCGCAUUCCGGCCAAGUCAUGCAAACUAACUCCUGUGGAUCGGAUAUUUUCACGCCUUGGUGCAAGUGACAGAAUGCUUUCAGGUGAAAGUACGUUUUUGGUGGAGUUAUCAGAGACAGCAUCUAUUUUACAUCAUAUCACUCCUCAUAGUCUUGUUUUGAUGGAUGAAUUAGGUCGUGGAACUUCCACUCACGACGGAUCAGCCCUAGCAGGUGCAGUUGUCUCUUACUUAGCUAAACCAAAUGGAAGAUUUUUCGAUGGCUCUGGCCCUAGGACUCUGUUUUCAACGCACUAUCACAGCUUGGUAGAUCAAGUUGCUAACACAGACCCAUCUACUUCCGAUGAAGAUAUGAACCAUCUAUGCAUUGGCCUGGGUCACAUGGAAAGUUUUUACUUGUUCAAAUUACAUUCCCAAGUUAGGAUUUCUUUCAAGAAAUUUCCUAUCUGUAUUAUAAAUGCUUAAGAUUGAAAAAGUCUUGGGAGUGAGUGUAUUUUCCCGAGCAUUAUGUACUCAAAAUGUUUCUUAUUAAAUCAUCAUCAUAAGAAUUUCUUGUAUCUAAUAAUUGUUUAUUUUCUACUUGUAUACGUAAAUAAAAAAGUCUUGUAUGGUUGAAGCAGAAUCAGAUUCAACGAAUGAUUUAGAAAAUAUCACAUUUUUGUAUAAAUUUAUUCCUGGUGCAUGUCCAAAAAGUUAUGGCUUCAAUGCAGCUCGUUUAGCUAUGCUACCUGAUAAGGUUAUCCGACUUGGUUUAACCAAAGCGAAGGAGUUCGAAAAAACCACUGCAACGUUUGCAUGCCUGAGGACAUUAUUGCAAGGGCCGGUUACAGUGGAGGACCUAAGACAGUGGAAUUCUAAAUUAAAAACAUUUUUAUAACAUAAGAACAAUACCUUGAAGAUCAUAUUCACUCAACUUUUAAAUGACACGUCUUAGAUUUUAUUACCAAUACAUAUCUACUUCCCACUUUCCCUCAUUAAAUAAUUCAUAUUUUUUUAAAGAAAACUGGUUUUCUUACACACCUAGUGGUUCGAGUGCAAUUAUGAUGAGAGAAAAAAUGAUCUGUGUAGACAUUUUAAUGGAUUAUGAUUUAGAGGAAAUUUCUAUGUUAUAAUAGGUAUCAAUAGCUUAUUUUUAAAAACCGUAUACAGAACUUUUGGCUACUGCAAAUUAUUAUGAGACCACCUCAGCAUACCUCUACGUGUUUUCAAUUUUAAAAAUUGGUUUCUGUAUACACAGACAAUAAUUGUUGAACAAUGCUAUCAUGCCAGUUGUAUCACGUUGUUACAUUUCAAACGACCUACUAGAUACAGUGUGAUUCACUAAUACUUAACCAACAGUAAAACAGAAGUUUGCAAUCAUCUUAGUUUUAUGCAUUUUGUAUGCAUAUGAAAACCUGAUGAUACAUAUCAACUAUUAGUAACUCCAUUGCUCUAUUCAACAAAAACUAGGAAGAAAACAACUUUUGAGCACAUCGAGGAGAAACUUCGUUUUGUCAAAUCUGAUUUACCCUUGCAUCUGGUUCGAGAGCGAAACGAUUAUCCACCACAUAUCAGUCUCCAGUAGAAACUUUGAACAAAUCAUUCACUAAAUCACUUUUCUUUUUUCAUGUAUGCUGUUGCGAAAUGUAGCAACCACGAGACAAUUUUUCGUUUCUUUGCCUACUAUCAAUUUUUCUGUGUAUCUGGUACUUUUCAAUCAGUGUGAACGUUAGACUGUUUUAGUAUAUUUUGAAGGGGAAAUUUCUAAUAGGUUUUUUGAUGACGAUGAUAAUAGUAAUAACGAUACUAUUAAUAAUUGCUUACCCAGAUAAACACAUUAUACCAUAAUGAUCCUCAAGUAAACACCCACACCUCUUUGGAAUGUUGCAGACAUUCGCUUCCAUCUACACCGAUACGCUUUGUUGUCCCAACAAAUUUAAAUAAUCUGAUCUCUCUUGGGCGAUCUUUACGAUGCUAAAACUAGC